CUGCCACGGUUACGUAACGUUAACUGCAAGAUAAGUUAGCGUGACAAUUAAUUCUAACUUUGCACGCAAACUGAAAGAAACGGCUUUGUUUCUUUAUUUGUUGUAAGCUGUUAUUUGGCAGAGGUGCUGGUUAGUAACUAGUUAUAUAGUUAACCUUUGCAAACAAAGUACACGGCCCUUUGUACUUGUGUUGCUACCAACCAACGUGUGCGUUUAUCUGCUAGCACCAGGUGUGGAGAGUGGAGGAAGGAAAGGAAAGGUCAACAUUUAUAUCGUGCGAGGAUGUGGUGAAGAUAUUGAAGACUUCAGAUGUCAGCAGACAAGAUGAACAAGGAAGACGUUUUGACAAAGCUGAAGAGGGAUGUCCGUUCUUUGCUCAUUUCAUCUAAGACGGGCUUGGACCCUGAUCAGCUCAGGCGAGACUAUGUCACCAUGUUGGGGCAUCCCAUGCCCCUGAAACUCCUGGGCUUCAGAAACAUCAUGGAUAUGGUGAAGGAGAUACCUGACGUGGUCUCAAUUAAUUUCAGGGCAGAUGGCAGCAUAUUCUUAAAAGCUAUUGGUGACGAGUCCACCCGAAACAUAGAGGAGCUGGUAGCUAAGCAGCGCAUGUCCAAGAAGGUCAGGAGGGGAGGGGUCAGCUACUUCUCACCCCGCUACAGCUUCCCGACCCCCUCUGUGGUCCUUCCCAGAAGAGGUCGCGCUCCCAUGGCUCUCCAUGCUCAGCUGAGGGCACAGCUCCGUCUACUGCUCUCCCAGGGUCCACUCAUGUUGUCAGAUUUGGAGGCCUGCUACCUGCGCUGUUUCGGCCACCCGCUGCGUGUCCACAACUAUGGCUUUUACUCCACUGGAGAGAUGCUGGAGGCAGCGUCAGAUCUGAUCCUUAUCCAAAAUGGCAGGCUGGGCUCGAUUCUGACCCUGAGGGAACAUAUGGUGCCCAGGCCACUGCUUACAUCGUGCAAUUUGCCAAGGAGGACAUCACCAGUACAGUCGCAACCGCCUGGAACUGACAAGUUAGCCUUCAAAAGGCCAGACACCAGUGCUAAGACACCAACAAUAGCCCCAGCCCCGGUGAGUCCUCUGAACCAGCGCUCUGCUGAGACUACCUCGGGCUCUGUCUGUAAAGCGUCAACAAGUGUCAGUAAAAAGCCAGAGGUGGUUGAGAAGGAACAGGCAGACCCAGAGCUCCAGGAAGGUUGCCUCUUUGAGAAAAAUGUCCUCAAGUUGGAGGAGGAGCUUCGCCAGCAAAUCCUGGAGAAUGGCAUUGCUGGCACCAUUAGUCAGGAGCUGAAGGACAAGCUACGAAAGGUUGUAGGUCAGACCAGUGGUGGAUUAUCGGUUCACGAUCUGCCUGCUGAAUUCAAGAGGCUUUUUGGUGAGGACAUCCCACUGCAACAGAGCGGCUUUGUCAGUGUCACUGAACUGGUUAGCGCCAUGAGUGACACUUUCCACCUGAAACCUGCAGGGCGUGAUAACGGAGAACACUGGAUAGUCAUGGACAUACAAGACAGUGACAUUGUGCAAUCAGACUCAAAGGAGCUGCCAUCUACAAGCUACUACCUGAAGUAUGGAGAGUCUCCUUGGGACGGCAAACAUGGAGGAGACAAUGAUAAUAUCACAGCAGACGACGAGAACAAGGAGCUAGAGAACAGUACCAGUUCCAAGAUCCAAGAUAUGAUGUCUGAGAUGUACCCUGCUAUUCCGACGCAUUCCAGCCCUGCGGUGCCACUGGACGCCCUGCAGAGUCAGCGUCUCAAAAGACCGACACGGCGUGGUGCUCGAGAGCUAGUAGAAGUCAUGGUGGAACAGGUGGAGUCGCCUGGAUAUUUCCACAUCCGCUUCAGCGAGAGUGAGGAGGCACGAGCUAUGGAGGACAUGAUGAUUGAGAUGAGACGAUGUUACACCUCUCCUGAGGUGUCAGGGCGCUACCGCCUCCCUGAGCGAUUUGUCCGACGGGGUCAGGUCUGCUGCGUGUCACCCAAAGGAAUGUGGUUCUACCGGGUGGUGAUCCAUCAGAUCAUCAGCCCCACUCAGGUCGAGGUGUACUAUGUCGACUUUGGCGACAUAACUGUGGUACAGAGAGCCAACCUCAAGUUUCUCAAGUCAUGUUAUUCGGUUCUUCCAGCACAAGCUGUUCCAUCAUCACUUGCUGGAAUUAAACCUACCAUUGGCAGAUGGACUGCUGAGGCCACGGCUUCUUUCCAGAAGUUGUGCUGUGAUCGCACCCUGGUGGGCGCUUUGGAUAGUUACAUUGGAGAUGUGCUGCAGCUCUACCUGUGUGACACACAUACUGAUAACGACAUCUACACCCACACUGUCCUGCUGAACCAGGGUCAUGGGACAGCAUGCAGCCGUGCAGCCAGUGCAGCACUUUGUGUCCAGCUCAGCCCAGUGAGUCUCUACCUGGGGGAGGGAAUGGUUGACUUGCCAGAGCUAGAAGAGGAGACCACUUCCUCCCCCAUACCAGUAAACAUGCAACAGUCAAUGUCUGAUUCCCCGAAGGUUAAAGAGGAGGAGCUGCCCGCCCUAGAGUUUAUUGAGGACAAUGAGGUCAGCCGCCACAUCCAGGGUAAGGACGCCAACCUGUUCAAUGCUCUGCUGUAUGACCAGACCCUCAGUAGUUGUAAAUUGAGCAAGAAAUCGCCUCCUACCAACCGUUCCAGUCCCACUUCCAGCCCUCUUGUCCCUCCAGAUUUGAUCCAGACCAGGACAAGCCCAGCCCAGCUCACCCCAGCUGAUUUUAAAACACUGAGCUUGACUCCGUCACCAACUCCAUCCAACAUAAAUUUUAGCUCAUGCUGUCUGACACAAGAAGAGGAGCAGCACCAGCCCAAAGUCACUGAGCCCUCAUUGGUCAGGCCACCUCCGAUCCUGAGGACCUUGAGCCUCCACACCCCUAACCUGGGCCAGGGUGUACCCGUUUGUCCGCUCAAUCUGCGUAACUCUGGCAUUCUGUUUCCUCUGUUUGGGGCCAGGUAGUAUGUGUCUCCUACAUCCACCCCAAACCAAAUCCCAACACAAGGAAAUGAAAGUUAGUUUUCAUGUAAUUUUAAUGUAUUUUAGUUCAAUUGUAUGUUAGGUUUUAUUUGGUAGUUUGAUAUUGGUGUAAUUGUUGCACAGUUAAGUCUUUGAAGACUAUAAAAUAUAACAAAUGGAUGGCUGCCCUUUUUUUUAAUGUGAAUAAGCUUGUGAAAGGUUUUUGUUUAAAAAAAACAAAAAAAAAAACAACUGUGUGAAGUGUUUUAUCAUUUUCUCAGAAGCCAUCAAGGUGUUUGAUUUGUUGAAUGGUUUAAUUUCCUUGUAUGUUUAAAUUGCUGUUCUGGACAGGGUUAAAAAAAUUCAAAAUGCUGUUAUAAUGGACAUUGAAACAUGUAAGUCAAUGACAAUUUUAUUUCAUAAAAUAAAAUCUUAUUUGAUAGAA